AUGCCGGCCCCAUCACCCCUCACCAUCGCCACGCAGUCCGUACAGCGACUCGUCAAGGAAGAAAAGUACUACCGAAAGGAGCUCACGCAACAGUCGGAGCGCGUCAAGAAGCUCGAGGCAGACCUGAAAGAGGCGGGUGAAGACGCAGAUAGCAAUGCCGGAUUCGUCCUGAAGCAAGAGCAAAAAGCCGUAGACGAAACCCGAGCUAUCUUCGCCCCCCUAAACAAGCGCAUCGAAGAAGCCGUCCAACGACUCGAGGAACAGAUCGCAGCAGCCGAGAGCGAGAACGCACCUGCUGACGAAAUAAACAAGGCCAAGGAAGCGCUGGAGCUGGGAAAGUCGGUUGAAGAACCGCCUGUUGCGUGA